AUGCUGAACCGUCCCAAGCCGCAGCUCUGGUGCAGUAGUGCAGAACUGGAUGGCAUGUUAGGGAAAGGCGAACACCUCAAGGACGAGGGCUCAAGGCUCCAGGUCGUCGCCGCGGGGGCAACGGCCGGGCUGAUCUCGCGAUUCGUCGUCGCCCCACUUGACGUUGUCAAGAUCCGCCUCCAACUCCAGACUCACUCGCUCUCGGACCCGCGGUCCCACAAGGAUCUCAACGGCGGGCCGAUCUACAAGGGCACCAUCCCGACCAUCCGACACAUCCUCCGACAUGAAGGCCUGACGGGUCUGUGGAAGGGCAACGUCCCCGCGGAGCUGAUGUACGUCUGCUACAGCGCCAUACAGUUCACCACGUACCGCUCGGCAACCCUGUUGCUGCACCGCGCCUUCGGGGAGGGCCGCCUCCCGCACGCCGCCGAGUCCUUCAUCGCCGGCGCCGCCGGCGGCGCCACCGCCACGGCCUCGACCUACCCGCUCGACCUGCUCCGCACGAGGUUCGCCGCCCAGGGCAACGACCGCGUGUACCCCAGCCUGAGGCGGGCCAUCCUGACCAUCAAGCGGGACGAGGGGUUCCGUGGCUUCUUCAGGGGCCUGGGCCCGGCGCUGGGGCAGAUCGUCCCGUUCAUGGGCACCUUCUUCGCCGUGUACGAGUCGCUGCGCCUGCCGCUGGGCCGCCUCGAGCUGCCGUUCGGGAGCGGCGACGCCACGGCCGGCGUCAUGGCGUCCGUGAUCGCGAAGACGUGCACGUUCCCCCUCGACCUGGUCCGGAAGCGGAUCCAGGUCCAGGGCCCCACGAGGUCGAAGUAUGUCCACAAGAACAUCCCCGAAUACCGGGGGACCGUGCGGACCGUGCAGAUGAUUCUGGCUACCGAGGGCAUCAGGGGUCUGUAUAGGGGCUUGACCGUCAGUCUUUUCAAGGCCGCGCCGGCGAGCGCGGUCACCAUGUGGACCUAUGAGCAGGCGUUGAAGUUUUAUGUCGGCGUUGGGGAGAAAAUAGACGAUGGCUCCUUCAUGGGUUAGAUUAUGUAUGCAAUGUAGGAACUAGGAACUAUUAUAGAGAGUAAUGCCACUAAUCUCACGGGGCCGAGUUCCUAGCCGUCCCCUCUACGA